AUGGGUUGCUGCGAGUCUAAAAGGUCUGAUCCUAUUAGUGAGAAGGGUCAACCCAAAAAGUCAACUGACUCAUUGAGGUCAGAAAUAGACGAGGUUGAGCUUGCUCCAAAAACUCCUCGAGUAAAACAAGACAAAAAACACAAAACUCGGACAUCAAAGAAGCGCUCUGAAAGUUUCAAUUUAAAACUUUCUUCAGGUGCGCUAACGAGGUCAUUAACCUUAAAAUCAGUUUCAACAAAGGUUCCUCAUCCUGAUUCACCAAAUAGCCAAUUUAAUAUAGAUCCUCCUAGCAUCCCCCCUCCGUGAGAAAACAAAACCAUUGGAAAAAAUCCCUAUUUUUCCACAAAAACCCACCCUCCUUUAUUGAACAAAUAAUUUUUUUAAUAUAUAAGUGAUAAUUAGUAUUAUUAAAUCUCGAGCUAAUUCGGUUUAAUCUUAAAAGCUCCCAUUUUAAAACAUAAAUUUUACUAGUGAAAUUAAUAUUUGGUUUACAAUUUUGAAAAUUGGGAUUUUUUCUUAAAUUUCGAAAAAAAAUCUAGUAUAAAUUUAUAUAUAGCGACUUAGGAUGAACUGCACAAGGCCUUUUUGGCUUGCCGGCCCAGUGCAGUUCAUCCUAAGUUACUAUAAAUUUUUUUUAGAAAAAAUUAUCCAUUUCAUGAGUGAACAAAAUUUUUUGCUCGCUCGCUAGCGGAGGGGGGAGUAAGAAAAUUUUAAAAGCAUCUAUUCAUGAAAAUUUUAAAAUAAUAAAAACAUUGCAUUCAGCAUUUCAUGGAGAUACUUUACUAUCAACUGAUAAAAGAACAGGACUCAAAAAGGUUAUAAAAGAGGUAAAAAAGUCAGCAAUCGAGAUAAGAGAGCAGAAAACGUUAACAAUGGAAGCACAAAAUUUCCAAUGCUUUGUAAGAAUAAAUUAGGAUCACCCAAACAUAGUUAAACUUCACGAAGUCUAUGAUUCAGAAGAAAAGUUUUCCCUUGUUUAUGAGUUCUUCUCAGGAAGCAAUUUACUUGAAUUCACCCGCAGAGAAAUUAUUGGUCUUAACUUAACUUACUAAUUAUAACGCUUAACGUCCACUACGGGGUUGGCUAAGUCCAGACCUCCGCUCGCCUUUCGUCGCAUCGGGCCCACAGACCUCUGGGCCGGUCCGCUUAGUUCACCAAAGGUGCGCCUAGGGGCAAGUGUUGCCGGCUUCGACGGCUCUCAUGGAUGAGCUACUUGCUUGUGACAUGGGUUGCCAUUCCGAAAACCCAAAAAAUGGAUUUUCUGGUAGGCUUUCGGCAAAAAGGAAAAACACGUAGCCUGGCACGUAACGCCCAGUUUCACGCUAGGGAGUUGCCCGAUGGGUCGUGUGGACUCUGCUGGGCUUCCCCUUUCCAACUGCCGUGCUUCCCUUCCCCACGAGGAAAAAACCAUCUCUGAGAAUAGACUAGGGCUAGGCUCUGUACUCCACCAGAAUUGCUUACCUAGCAUUGCCGUCCAUCUCUGAAAUGGCAAAACCUUGCCGGAUAUAAUUAAAAUAUGAGUCGAGGCUGCAUGGCCGGGAGGCUGCAUGGCCGGGAGGGCUGCAUGGCCGGAGGCCAUGCCCAGACGAAGACGCCAUAUUUUAAUUAUGAGAAAUUAUUGGUCAUUUGCUAACAGGUUCAAUAAUGCGAGAUAUUUUAAGCGGUUUAAGCUAUUGCCACAAGAAUAAAAUUUUGCAUUUAGGGCUAAAUCUUGAAAAAAUUAUUUUGGAUUCAAGCUAUGGGAAGGUCAAUUGCAAAUUAAUUGGUUUUUCUUAUCCUUGGGAAAUAAAAGGUCUAGUAAAAUAUAAUCAAGUGGUAAAUUUUAUAUAGACAUGCUUUAUGGCUCCUGAGAUACUCAAUGGGAUUUAUGAUAGUCCUGCUAGUGAUAUUUGGAGCGUUGGAGUUAUUUUAUAUUUAAUUAUCAAAGAAAAGCCUCCAUUUCGAGGGAAAAAAUCAAAGGAUCUUCUAAGUGAGUAUAAAAGAGGGCUUACUUUUGAAGGUUCAGAAUGGAUGCUUGACCCAAUUGAAUUGAAGGAUUUGCUUACUCCCCUUCCUCCGUGAGCGAAAAAAAAAAUUUGCUCGCUUAAGGAGGGGGAUAAUUUGUUUUUAAAUUUAAAAAAAUCCCAAUUCGCAACAAAAAAAAAUUGGAAAGUAAAUAUUAAUUUAAUAUGUAAAAUUUAUAUUUUAAAAUGUAAUUUGUUCAAAAUUAGACAGAUUUCCUUAUAUUAUAUGGUGUUGUGGUGUUGUGGUGCUGUGGUGUUGUGGUGCUGUGGUGUUGUGGUGUUGUGGUGUUGUGGUGUUGUGGUGUUAUGUAGGGUAGGGUAAUGAUAAACUUUUUCUUCUUCUUAUAUUAUAUAUCAAAAUAUUUUUUAUAAAAAAUUUUUGUUCGCUCACGGUGGUUUUUUGGGCAAAAAUUAGGGUUUUUCAAAUGGUUUUGUUCGCUCACCAGGGCGGAAAUUAGCAGGAUGCUUGAAUUUGACUACAACAAAAGAAUUUCAGUUGAGGACGCUCUAAGUCAUCCAUGAAUAAAAAAUAGCAAUUAUUUGCUUUCAUCUCCUGCUAACAAUAAAGCAAUCAGUAAUCUUAUAGAAUUUACUUCUAAAGACAAAAUUGCAAGGGCAAUUUUUUCAUUUUUCAAGGUUAACCUUACAGGACAAAACGAAAGUCGUCAGUUUAUUGAAAUUUUUAAAAGCUUGGAUUCUAAUAAAGAUGGACAAAUUACUAUGGACGAGCUCUUAAAUGAAACAAAAAAUUUAGACACUGAAAUACAAAUCAAGCUUCAACAGAUUUUAAAAAACGCUGAUCUUAUGAAAAAAGGCUAUAUUGGAUUUUCAGAAUUCUUGACAGCCUGUACAGACUGGAAUACUGAUGAAAAUAUAAAAAAACUGGAAAAAGCAUUUAAGCUUUGUGACGAAAGUGGAGACGGCCAAUUAAGUCUUGAAGAGCUAAAAGCAAAUAUAGAAGGAAUUGAAGAUGAAGAAUGAGCAGAAUUCUUUGGAAAUGUGGAUUUUGAUCAAUCAGGAACAAUUUCUUUUGAAGAGCUUAAGCAGUUUUUGUUUGAAAAAGAUUUUAUUAAUGCUAAUCAUGCAUAA